AUGAGUGUCUUUAUUAUCCCGCACUCAGGCAAGUACCAUGGGCACUUUGAGUUUGCCGUGGUAAUGAGUGAGAAGCAGCCGUCAAAGCUGAGGGUCUCAGUGUAUGAGGGGCAGCAGAAACGACUUGUGUACACGAAGGACCUGUGGCAAUCCGGCAAAAAGCUUGCGCUGCCCCCCGGUGAAUACCAUGUGCGGGCGGAGUUGGUGGUGCCGCGCCUUGAUGGGUCAAACCUCAUCCUCGAUACGGUGGAGACGCACUACUCUGUCCUUCAAAAUGACCGGGGGGCAUCGGCCGCAUCGACGCCGCUAUCGGGGAAAAUAUUACGGGAGGAGUUGACGGCGUCGAGCAGCCACCUGCAUCAAAUGAGUCCACUGCUGGUGGGGGAUGCGACGCCCGCAGCAGCACAGGUGGAGUUUGUGAGUAAGGGCGAAUCGGCGACUCGAUUUGGUUCAUUUCCGCCGUCACAGCGGAGCGCUUCGGAGCUUAACGCGCGCGCCUCGUUCGCGUGCGGCAGCGCCGAGGAUGAGCCCACUGGCGCGUGGCGCAGCUUGUGCGCGACCCCCAACGCGGCGCUGCAGUGUCUGCGCGACCCGGUACCGGCGCAGGCGCUCUGGGCCUUUUCUGAGGCGCCAUCGAAGCGGGCAACGCCGCGUGUUGCGAGGAGCGCGUUGGGCGCGGCUAGCACGGAAGAGCAGGCGCCAUCUCCCUUUUUGGGAGAACAGCAUGUCUCGUCCACCCCACACAAAUAUGUGUCUCCAGCUGAAAACGACGUGCACACCACAUCGUGGCUUUGGACACUUUCCCCAACACCCGUCAAUGGGAAGAGGGCGGCGAAGGCCUCGCCGGGGUCGGCGGGUGCAACCACUGCUGACAAGAAAAUGUCCAGGACGAGGAAUGCCGAAGAAGCUCCACUUGCUGCGAUGCCGCCUUCGCAGCAGCACUCCGGCGGCCCCGCUGAGCCUGCCCUGAAGUUAACACUGACUCCUUUCCCUUAUGGAACCACCACGCAGUACGACCCCAGCGGGGAAGUGGGGGUUCGUCCUCUUAAUGCGAACAUGAUUUGGGGGCGACCGAGAGUGGCCGCCCAACCGGUGCCUUUGUCCCACGACUUGACACCAGACAACAUUUUGAAGACCGAAAUCCCUCUCCCCGAUCGAGAAUGGACGCCGCCUGGUGUGCAUGCUGGACCUGUUAGUGAUAGGGAAGAGAAGAGGAUGAGUAACUCAUCGAAGAAGCCGAGUGCCAAGGACCGACAGCAAACAGCCCAAUCUGUGAUGCCGACGCCCCUGACUGAGCUCACAGGGCGAGGGGUGAACUCUCUCACCGUCCUGACGACAAAGGAUAACAAUGAGAACUCGCCAAACCGGAGAAGUAGCCAAGUCCAAAGCCCGCAACUGUCCACUGGGAAAUACAGUUCUACGUUUGUUGUACCACCUCCUGACGUCAUUGAUGUGCAUGCGUCAUUUUCUCUAGCACUUGCUUUUGGUGCUCCAAAUGCGGAGCCAAUGACAAACGAUGUUUUUCUUAAUGUGCUGGUAGAAGAGGAGGUGGAAGCUGGAGUAAAACCGCAAGAGCCUGUAGUUUGCGUGGUACCUGCCACCUUGGCCGCAGUUCCAACUCGGGCACGAGGGAUUAACUGCCACUGGGUGUGUUCGCCGUCCAUACGUGCAAGUGAACGAGGUGAAGUGUUGCAGUUACUGGGCGAUGACGCAAGGAAGACAUGCACUGCCGUAGCCAUCUCCACUGUAUGCGUGGGUCCUUCCUGUGACGGACAAACGCUCUCUGGUCUCCAGUUUGUGCUCGACAACGUUGAGAGGGGGAUCUUGUCGUGUCAGUUUUUCGUCUUCUUCCGAGAAGUUGAGGACGUGAACAAUGAAGACGAGGGGGUUGUUCUACAAUAUGGCAGUCCAAACGACAACGAUGACACGGGGCACUCCGCCACUGUACAGGACCGAAACCGGCAAACACCGACGUUGGACGAACGUGCUCUGAGUGCCGAGUUUAUAUACAACUCGUUGCCCUACAUUCGUUGUCUCGUCCAUGAGAGUGGUGAAAUGGCACUUGAAAUUCACCAUAAGAAUGCCGUAGUGGCCUCUGAACCCGUUCAUGCCGGCUCUCGUGUCGCCAUGUAUUUUGGAACUAUCACACCUAACGCUUUUGCUUCUGCCGGUGGUGGUGUCGCUGAGAAAAAACAGCCGAAUCUUUCCAUUCUUGUGGAUUAUCGAACAGUGUUCAGUUACUCCAUUUAUUCUGAACGGGGCCUUGACGCCCUUCGCAUCAUUGUGAUGAGCCGCGUGGAGUCAUCAGUGGUAGGGUCUGGCACAGGGGCAUGCAUGAGGCUACGGGAGGUGGAGCUCUUGUCGCAGCAACGCAGGCUUGUGGCCUUUGCCGACGAGGUGCGGCUGGACGACGCCAAAGCGAGUCGACUACGCAACAGCGGCGAACGAAGACAGCACGAAGGAGGAGGGCCAGAUCAAACUCGUGCUGGAAAGCUCGGCUUAAUUUCAACGUGGGUUGCUGGGGAAAACCCUGGUGUACGUGCAUGGCGACGUGUGACACUUAUUUGA